AUGGCACUUCAGCCAGAUGAUGUGGACUUGCCUCCUGAUGUCUGCAGCAGUAGCAAUGAGGAACUGGUGUCAGAGGAAUCUGCCGUAGACCUACCUGACACUACGCCAUCUGACCAUUGUUGCAAGCAGCAAUGUUUGCAGAAAAUGCCACAGUCGCUGCGCGAAAAGGUUGACGCUCUGAAGAUGGGCUUGGAGCCCUUAGAUUUGCCUUCCAAAAACACGCUCUGGUUCAACCAGCUGUUGAACAUGAACAAAGCCAAUCCAGCUGGACAGUUUCGGACUCAGUUUGUCUGGCAAGGUUCAAGCUUUUGCCUGACUGCGUAUUGCCACAUCACAGGUUGCAUGCCCAAAAAAGUCCGGUCUUUUCUGAAGCUCAUCGCCCAGGGCGAAGUUUUGGCCCCGCAAGAUGGACGCAAAAACCCUCUCAAACGAGUAGAGCCGAAAAGGGAAGAUGUGGAAGUUUUUUUUGUAUUCAUCUACCAGCAUUUGGCUGAACCAUUGGCUAUGGUGAAUACCGAAGCUCAGGAAGGAGAAGAAUUGGGUGACACCAGUAUCGUGGAUGGGCCAGAUUGGGUACAAAGCGACAAUGAUCUUCUACAAGUGCUUUCCAGCGCUUUUCCUGUGGAAGGUAGAUUUCGGAAAUUGCAAAGCAAUCCUGCCGAUGUCAAGGCUGUCACAGAGGCUUACAACACACACAUUCGACAUGUUUUUCGCGAUCGCAGCAUCAUUACUGCCAUGGAAAAUUUGGCCGAGCAAAGUAUGCGGAUGGAAGACGUCGAGGUUCCUCAUAUACUGUGCACCAUUGACGCCAUGGACAAGUCAAAAUGGCUUGUGCCACGCUGCUUGGAUUCAACAAAGCGAUUGAGUCAGCUCUGGCGGCCUGCCAUGCAUUUUGUAGGGGUUCUUGUUGCAGGAAUUCUUGAAUAUUAUGCAUUGUUGGAGGCUGAUAUGCAUGGAGAUUCCGAUACCCAGCAAACUUUACUCAGUCGAGCUUUGGAACUUGCAGAGGUGGAACUGCGAAAAAAACACAAAUCCAUGCCGUGGAAAUUGAUAGUCCAUUCAGACAACACACCAAAAGAGGGGCGUAAUGCGCCUCUCUUACUCUGGUGUGGUGCCUUGAUAUCUGCGCAACGAUUUUCUGAAGUAUGUCUAGCAUUUUUCAGAGUUGGACACACACACAAUCGCUUGGAUCAGCGGUUUUCAGUGAUCGGAAGCCUGCUGACCGGAUGCAAGCAGCUGGAAACACCAGAAGAUUACAUCUCGCACUUACAGCUCCACUACCGGUCUGCGCGGGAUGUUCCAGCUGUUUUUGAACAGCUGGGUGGUUCGCAUUAUUGGCGCAAAUUUUUUGGCCCCUUGGAAAAACAUUUCACAGGUCUUACAGGAACAAAAAGCAUUGCUGAUGCAGCUCACGUUUUGCGGGUUGUGCGCAGGGACAUGGUGCCCCUUUGUGUCCCAGAAGUUCAAUGGAAUGAGCCUGGUCUUCCCCAUGAUCCAAUUUUACUAGCCAAACAUUGGCUGGUCUCCAAGAAGUUGUCACAAGAACCCACUGUCUUGUGGACGGGCCCUUGGAAACUUGAUUUUCGCCAGUUGGACAGGUCCCCUCGCUUCAUUUUGAACCCAGAUUCCGUGAAACAAUAUCGGAAGACAGCUGAACAAAUUCUGCAGCCCCCUUGGAACCUUGAAGCAGGUGCUGCUUACAUUUUGGGAUGGCUGCAGCGGAAUCAAGACCGGGUGCCCAAUCGACAUUUCCCAUCGAUCACAUUUGUCAUGGAAGGGCGUGACUUUGUGCCAGAGUCUGCCAUCACGGCUGGCCAAUCUUGGACAGAUUUUGCUCCAGAAGGGUGCAUCCCUGUCGUUCCAGUGCGUCGGACCCAGAAGCAAUUAGAAAAGGAACUCGCCAAAAGAGAGAAGAAAGCUGAGAAACCAACAGUGCCACAGCUAGCAAGCGUGUCCCGACGUGCUCGUGCUGUGAUGCAAGCACAAGCAGCAGAUUCGCCUAUGGGAAAGCGCCCGACACGAAAGAGACCAGCUGCGUCCAAUCCUCCGGUUUUGAAGCGCCCAGCUGCUUCCAGCUGA